UCAGAUACAGCAGGAUCCCCACCGCUGCUCCGCACCCUCUCUCUCCACGCCGACAGCGCUGCCUCGGGGGCACCUCAGAAUGUACCUGAGCUAAUACGACAGGAUUUCCCCCUGGCCCACUGAAACAGCACCACGAGGACCAAAACAAAAAACCCAAAACAGAACACAACUCCAGAGUGGAGAACUGUUUUAGGAGCGCACACAACUGGAAAUAAUCCCCAGACAGAGUAGGAGGGGACACUGAGGAAUUAGUGACAGCAGGGCUUCCGACAUAAAGAAGAAGAGGACAGCACAGGAGAGCCCCUGUCCCCCCCCUCGGAGAUGAUGCAGACCACGCAGGUGUGGCACACACAGGUGGCGCCCAUCGCCAACGAGCCGGAGGUGGGCGGGGACCGGCCCGAGUGCUCCAUCUGCUUCAACACCUACGACAACGUCUUCAAGCAGCCCAAGCUGCUGGACUGCACGCACACCUUCUGCCUGGAGUGCCUGUCUCGCGUCAUGGCCCUCUCUGAGCAGGAGGAGAACGGCCACAUCCCCUGCCCGCUCUGCCGGCAUCCCACCUCCAUCCCGGAGAAUGGCACGCCCGCCCUCACCACCAGCCGCGAGGUCCUGGGCCAGCUGCCCGCCCACCAGCAGCGGGAGGAGCGGGUGUGGCUGGAGGGCAAGAAGCUGUGCUACUCUGGCCCGCCGGCGGACGCCGCCACCAGCAACGUCACCUGCAUCUGCAUCGACAUCGGCUCCAGCAAAGAGGGUGGGGCCCUGCCGGCGCGGACACGGGCCCGCCGCGGCGGGCUGCUGGGCCGCCUAGGCCUGCUGACUGACUGGAAGCGGAUGCUGCUCUUCGCCGUGCUCGCCGUCCUGCUGGCCUGCAUCAUCCUCUGGCCCCUGCAGUGCAUCUUCACCACCGGCACGCUCCGCUGCUUCCGGAGCAGGCCGUCGCCGCCCCCCAUGCCGCCGCUCAGCUCCCUGGCCCCGCCCCUCACGGCGCGACCCCGGUUCUGGCCCCCUCAGUGA